AUGCCUCCUGAUAUCACCAACACUCACAGUAAUGAUACAUUUUUCAGUUCAGCAGCACAAAACUAUAUAAAAGAUAAAGAAAGGAGUGAAGCAAAGACUCGCGGUGUUGUUGUGGGUACAUCCUAUAUCAGUAGGCUACGACACCGUUCGGGGAUUAAGAAGGCGACAACCAAAUACCGUCACACAAUGUGGGAAAGCAAUAAACAGGUUCGGCUGGAUUCCUGCUCGGGAAGGCUUGCUGCAGGGAUGACAUUUUCAGACUGUGUAUCGGUCGAUGAAUGCACUGUGCAAAUUGACUGUUCGAGAAAGUACUGCUUCGUAAAACGAGGAGGUCAGUAUUCGAGAGUGAGAAUUAGCGGAACCACACAAUUUGCUUUUCUACCAGGAACAAGCCGAAUCGAUACCCCCUUCAUGUCUAGUGUAUACAACGGUUUGUUUUGCUCUCAACUGAACACUGCCUUCUUACUUUGCUUCUUCUCUGAUACGAUAAGUUCAGGCUUCUGUCGUGUGGUUCAAGAUAGCUGGAGAGUUAGGAGGAUCGAUAGGCUGCAGUGGGCCGCGGAAUCACCACACCUGAACUCAAUUGAAGUGGUGUGGGGCAAUAUGAAGAACUGCAUAAGGAAACGAGGAGUUCGAAAUUCGGAGAACUUAAAAGUGGCUAUCGCCCAAUACUGGAAGACCUUGACACCUGAAAUUUGCAUGCGAUACAUCAGUGGCAUUAGGAAAAGGAUGGAACGCGUAGUAGAGCAGGAAGGAAGAAACAUUAUCGAAGACGACGUCGGAUCGAAACUAUGUGACCUCUCUGCGGAACUCGCCGAGUGUACGAGGGACACCCAAGAUGACAGCGUUAGAACCGUCGCCGAAGAUCUCAAGGUAGGAAAGCCCAUCUUACCUCAACUAUAUACCUGCGCCACAGUGCUGUUUUCUGAUAUCAGAGGUGAGUCCAUUUUUUGA